AUGGUCCAUGAAGAAUUGGAACCAAAACACGACGAAGAUGUACGUUUCGUAACGUUCAAUGUAAACGGUUUACGCACGUUAUUUAAUUACCAUCCAUUCAGUGCAAUGGAAAGAUCUUUAUCUCGGGUAUUUGAUUAUUUCAAGUCAGAUAUCAUAACCUUCCAAGAGCUGAAGACAGAUAAACACUCCUUAACAAAAUGGGGUAAAGUCGAUGGUUUCUAUUCAUUUAUCUCUCUUCCCAAAACUAAGAAGGGAUACUCUGGUGUAGGAUGCUGGGUAAGAAUUCCACGCGCAGACGACCCAAUGUUUGGGAAACUUACUGUCGUUAAGGCAGAAGAAGGCAUCACUGGUUGGUUAAAGGUGAAAAUCGGAAACGAAAUGAUAAGAUAUAAAGAUGACGAGUCCCAGGGAAUUGGUGGCUAUGAGUCUCUUGGAAUACAAAAUGAGAGUGAGGCAAUGGAUUUGGAUUCUGAAGGACGAUGCGUGAUGGUUGAGCUUGCUUGUAACUUGGUCGUCAUUUGUACUUAUUGUCCAGCUAACUCGUCGUUAACAGAUGAAGGGGAAGUCUUCCGUUUGAAAUAUUUAAAAGUGCUCUUUAGAAGAAUACGGAAUUUACAUUUGAUGGGAAAAGAGGUCGUUCUAAUGGGCGAUAUAAAUGUUUGCCGGGACCUGAUAGAUCAUGCAGAGAGUUUGGAGAAAGCACAGAUCAGUCUGAACAAUCUUAAAAGUGGGACAGAAAUCGAGAAACAGAAUGUCCAAAAGGUGAAAGAGUUCAUUUACAAUCCUUCUAGGCCUGCGAGACGUAUCUUGAAUGAAAAUCUGGCCGAUUCGGUACUGCAGGAUUUAUCUGAGCAUGGAGAGCUUGUUGAUACAACGAGAGUUUUACAAGGUAGAAGUCGUCUUAAGAUGUACACCGUAUGGAAUACGUUGAAAAAUUCAAGGCCCAUCAACUACGGUUCCCGCAUUGACUUUAUUUUGGUUUCCUCCCGAAUGAAGAGUGAAGUGAGGCAGGCAAAUAUCUGGCCACAAAUAAUGGGAUCAGAUCACUGUCCUGUUUUUGCGGAUCUAAGACUAAAUAAAUCAGCUGUCAUUGCGUCAGGUCUUCUACCUAGAUUCGAAGCUAGAUACAAGUACAACUUGAAUCAAGGCGAUAUUCUCAGCAUGUUUUCAAAGUCUAUGAAAAAGAAUCCGCCCCUUUCGCAACCUAGUCCAAAGAGUAAAGUGACGAAGAAGUCAAUGAAACAACCAAGAGAUAUACAAACGGCACUUAUGUCCAACCCAGAAUUGGAAGGCCACCUCCAUAAUGAUGCUCAGAAAACGUCAAGAAGAGAGGACAGAAAAUCUAAAGUACUCAAUACCAAGGGCUAUGGUGAGAGCUCAAAUGAAAUAAUUAAGAAAAUGUUCGGAAAGCCGCCAUUAUGUAAACAUGGUGAAGAAGCUAUUUUAAGAACGUCGAAAACCAACCAUAACCCAGGAAAAAGGUUUUGGAUUUGCAAUAGACCAAAGGGAGAGGCCAAAGAUAAAAGUUCCUCGUGUGAUUUCUUCCAAUGGAAAUAG